AUGACCCAAAACCGAAUGGAAUAUUCUGGGUUUGAACUUGGUCCUGAUUCUGAAAUAGAAGGAAACUUUCCACCUGCGUCGGAGAAGACUAUAAGAAACGACACUCCUGGAGAAAUCCAGCAAGAGGAGGCAAAAGUACCAGAUGUACCACCAGAUGGAGGCUAUGGAUGGGUCUGCGUUGCAUGUACAUUUCUUUUAAAUGCCCAUACGUGGGGACUCAACAGUUCCUACGCUGUCUUUCUUGCCCAUUAUUUACAAACAGAUACAUUUCCCGGCGCAACAGCCCUCGCGUACGCCUUCGUGGGGGGACUCUCUGUUUCAUUAGCCCUGUUGAUAUCCCCCGUGGCAACAAUAUGCGUACGAAAGUACGGGACACAAGUAGCUCUAUUUAUUGGUAUAGUAUUUCAAUCUGCAGGGCUCCUUGGGGCAUCAUGGGCCUCUGAAAUCUGGCACCUAUUUCUAUCACAAGGCCUAGCUUUUGGAUUGGGAAUGGGCUUCUUGUUCGUUUCCAGUGUGGGAGUUGUUCCGCAAUGGUUCUCCAAGAAAAGAUCCUUUGCAAACAGCAUAGCUAGUUCGGGAAGUGGGAUUGGGGGCAUGAUGUAUUCCCUGGCUACAAACGCCAUGAUUCAGUCUGUUGGCCUGGCCUGGGCUUUUCGAAUUCUUGCAAUUAUUUCGUGCUUAGUUAAUGUGGUUUGUACUCUACUCAUCCGAGACCGUAAUAAAGCUGUUGGUUCCAUCCAGCUCGCCUUCGAUUGGCGACUCUUCAAGCGAAUGGAAUUCCUCUUGAUGCUAGGCUGGGGCUUCUUCAGCAUGCUUGGAUAUAUCGUGCUCCUCUUCUCGCUCCCGAAUUAUGCCAGGAGCAUAGGUCUAUCAGCACAGCAAGGCUCGGUCAUUGGAGCGUUGUUGAACCUUGGACAAGGCAUUGGCAGACCCUUUGUUGGGUACUUUAGUGAUGCAGCUGGUCGUAUCAAUAUGGCUGGAUUUUGUACUUUCCUCGCAGGUCUAUUUUGUCUCGUUAUCUGGACAUCCGCAAAAAGCUACGGUGUUCUAAUCUUCUUCGCCAUUCUAACCGGCACCGUCUCCGGAACCUUCUGGGCAACCAUCGCCCCCGUCGGUGCCGAAGUAGUCGGACUACAAGUCCUCCCCUCGGCCCUCUCAAUCGUAUGGCUGGUCCUCGUGCUCCCCUGCACAUUCGCCGAACCAAUCGGCCUGAAAUUGCGUGCCACGUCAGGAAAUAUCUAUCUGCACGCCCAGCUGUUUACGGGCUUUAUGUAUAUCGGUGCUGCGGUCUGUGCGUGGUUUUUGAGGGCGUGGAAAGUUAGCGAGUUGGAGAGGGUGAAGGGGGGGAAGGAGGAGCGGGAGAGGGAGAUCAGAGAUGAUGACCAGGUGCCGAGGGAUGCGCUGCAGAGGAAUGAGAGUCGGAUC